AUGCAAGCAAUUAAUUUAAGUGGUGACAAUUCUAGCAGGACAACAUAUGAGAGCAAUUUAAGUGGUGACAGCACUAGCAGGACAACAUAUGCAAGCAAUUUAAGUGGUGACAGUUCUAGCAGCACUAGCAGGACAACAUGUGCAAGCAAUUUAAGUGGUGCCAGUUCUAGCAGCACUAGCAGGACAACAUAUGCAAGCAAUUUAAGUGGUGACAGUUCUAGCAGCACUAGCAGGACAACAUAUGCAAGCAAUUUAAGUGGUGCCAGUUCUAGCAGCACUAGCAGGACAACAUAUGCAAGCAAUUUAAGUGGUGACAGUUCUAGCAGCACUAGCAGGACAACAUAUGCAAGCAAUUUAAGUGGUGACAGCACUAGCAGGACAACAUAUGCAAGCAAUUUAAGUGGUGACAGCACUAGCAGGACAACAUAUGAAAGCAAUUUAAGUGGCGACAGUUCUAGCAGCACAACAGAUGCAAGCAAUUUAAGUGGUGACAGCACUAGCAGGACAACAGAUGCAAGCAAUUUAAGUGGUGACAGCACUAGCAGGAAAACAUAUGCAAGCAAUUCAAGUGGUGACAGUUCUAGCAGCACUAGCAAGACAACAUAUGCAAGCAAUUUAAGUGGUGACAAUUCUAGCAGGACAACAUAUGCAAGCAAUUUAAGUGGUGAUAGUUCAAGCAGGACAACAUAUGCAAGCAAUUUCAGUGGUGACAGUUCUAGCAGGACAACAUAUGAAAGCAAUUUAAGUGGUGACAGCACUAGCAGGACAACAGAUGGAAGCAAUGUAAGUGCUGACAGUUCUAGCAGCACUAGCAGGACAACAGAUCAAAGCAAUUUAAGUGGUGACAGUUCAACCUGGACAACAGAUGCAAACAAUUUAAGAUGUGACAGCUCAAGCAGGGCAACAUAUGAAAGCAAUUUAAGUGGUGACAGUUCUAGCAGGACAACAUAUGCAAGCAAUUUAAGUGGUGACAGCACUAGCAGGACAACAGAUGGAAGCAAUGUAAGUGCUGACAGUUCUAGCAGCACUAGCAGGACAACAGAUCAAAGCAAUUUAAGUGGUGACAGUUCAACCUGGACAACAGAUGCAAGCAAUUUAAGAUGUGACAGCUUAAGCAGGACAACAUAUGAAAGCAAUUUUAGUGGUGACAGUUCUAGCAGUACAACAUAUGCAAGCAAUUUAAGAUGUGACAGUUCAAGCAGGACAACAUAUGCAAGCAAGUUAAGUGGUGACAGUUCAAGCAGGACAACAGAUGCAAGCAAUUUAAGUGGUGACAGUUCAAGCAGGACAACAUAUGCAAGCAAUUUAAGUGGUGACAGCACUAGCAGGACAACAGAUCAAAGCAAUUUAAGUGGUGACAGUUCAAGCAGGACAACAUAUGAAAGCAAUUUAAGUGGUUACAUCACUAGCAGGACAACAUAUGCAAGCAAUUUAAGUGGUGACAUUUCAAGGAGGACAACAGAUGCAAGCAAUUAA